AGACCAAAAGCCAUGCCUCUUUUCUCUCUUCUUUUCCAGAGCCAAACGGAACCCCCUCGCCGGCUCCCGCACGAAACACGACGGCGUUGGUCGGGAUCCCCCUGCCCCCCGUGUCCCCCAAAAGCCCCGUCCCCUCCGCCGUCACGCGCCGUCCCGAUGCCCUCUUUUUACCUCGUCUUCUCCUCCUCCUCGGGAACACUUUACUCCCCAACCCUUUCCUUUUCUCCUAGUCUUUUACCCUUCCCCAGGUAAUUUAACCAAAUAAAUACCUCCCCCUUUUUUUUAACCGCGAGGUUAUUUUCUCUUAUAAGUAGGAGGUCGUGGCUUCCCUCCUCUUUUCAAACCCGGGCGGUAUCUUUCCCGUUAUCCCUGAUUAUCCCACAAAAUUAAGAGGAAAGGUGGAGAAACAGGAAGAAUAAGAGGAUUGAAAUAUGUUAGCUAUUGGAGCCGGCGGGGUGGCGGCGAAGGGGAUGGACGGCGGAGGAGCGGCGCCGAGAUCAGCUGCGGAGACGAAGGCUCACCGGAGCCACAGCGAGGCGGAGAGGAAGCGGCGGCAGCGGAUCAACGGCCACCUCGCCACCCUCCGGAGCCUCCUCCCAUCGGCCGCCAGAAUGGACAAGGCGACGCUGCUGGGGGAGGUGGUGAGGCACGUGAGGGAGCUGAAGGGGAUGGCGGAUGACGUGGCGGUGGUGGUCCCCGGGGAGGGGGAUGAGGUCGGUGUGGAGGAGAAAGGGGAGGGGGAGGAAGGGAGGGUGAGGGCGUGGGUGUGCUGCGCGGACCGGCCGGGGCUGAUGGGGGAGCUGAGCCGGGCGGUCGGGUCGGUGCGGGCCAGGGCGGUCCGGGCGGAGAUGACGACGGUCGGAGGGAGGACGAGGAGCGUGCUGGAGGUGGAGAUGAUGGAGGUGAAAGCAGGAGGAGGGAAUGAGGGGCGGCCGGCGGUGGCGCUUCAGGCCGCGCUCCGGGCGGUGCUGCUGGCCAAGGGACCCGGUUCGGAUGGGAGGACCGCCGAGAGUUUUAAGCGGCCCCGCCUGGCAUCCCGGUUCAACACCACGUAGAUUAACUCUUUUCUUUUCUUUCCGUUUUAUUUUAUUCUAAAAAUGUAUUAAGUCCUAUGGUAGUGUAGCGAUACUUCUGCUUGUUGGCGUAUGAAUACUAGAGUAUGUUCGGUUCGGUUUUUACUCUCUGUUGCACGUAGUUUGGUGCAUGAUGCAGUACCCAAACAGAUGUAAUGUCUUCGCAAGGAAAAUAUAUUUGU